AGCCUUCAAAGACCUCCCCAAGCAAAAAAUAUUUAUUGGAAGAAGAUGGAUCUUCUGUACUCCUAUUUGGCUCUUUUAUUUCAACUUCUAUUUCUGAUGUGUGGUUCUGGGAUAUAUGCUGUGAAGGAUUUAAGGGAACAACAAGGGACUGGUUAUCAUGGCGUCGGAGAUGCUGCGAAAGAAUUUUCUCGACUUGUCAAGGAGUUUGAAGAUAAAUAUUCUAGUGCUGCGAUUUUAGUGACCAAAAAUCCUGAAUUAACUUCUCAACUUGCAAAUGAGCUCGGAGAUAAAUAUUCUAAUGAUGCUAACUGGAGAUCUUCUUCCGAUAAAAAUCAAGAAUUGACUUCUCAACCUACUAAGGAGCUUAAGGAUAAAUAUUCUAGUGUUGCUAUUGUAUGGAACAAAAAUCCUGAGUUAACUUCUCAACUUACUACGGAGCUUCAAGAUAAAUAUUCUAGUGUUGCUAAUUGGAGAUCUUCUGUUGACAAAAAUCCCAAGUUGUCUUCUCAACUUACUAAGGAGCUCGAAGAUAAAUAUUAUAGUGUUGCUAACUGGAGAUCUUCUGAUGACAAAAAUCCCAAGUUGUCAUCUCAACUUGCUAAGGAGCUCGAAGAUAAAUAUUCCAGUGUUGCUAAUUGGAGAUCUUCUGUCGAAAAUAAUCCCAAGUUAUCUUCUCAACUUGCUAAGGAGCUCGAAGAUAAAUAUUAAAUGUUGCUAAUUCGAGAUCUUUUGUCGACAAAAAUCCCAAGUUAUCUUCUCAACUUGCUAAGGAACUUGAGAAUAAACAUUCUAAUGUUGCUAAUUAGAGAUCUUUUGUCGACAAAAAUCUCAAAUUGUAUUCUCAACUUGUUAAGGACAUCGAAGAUAAAUAUUCUAGUGUUGUAAUUUUUCAACUUUGAACUUGUUAAAGAAUUCGAAGAUAUAUAUUUUCGUUUGUGUGAUCUUAAAUA